GACAGGAGGACGGAGAGGGAGAGAGAGAGAGCGCGAGAGAGAGCAAUGGGGGGAGAGAAAAAAUAUGAAUAGACAGGCAAACGAGGAGAGCAAGAGCAAAGGCUUGAGUGAGACUGGGGAGAAGAGGGAGAGGGGAGAGGAACAGGGAGAGGAGGAGCGAGAGAGCAAGAAAUAGGGAGAGAGAAAGAAAAAGAGGGAGAGAGUGGAUUAGUUAAUGCACAAAAACACUGCAUCAAACCAAUGCACUGCUCCGAGCGGGAUGCGUCAGCAGUACAUUCACGUUUCCCACUCAAGGACAAAAGAGAAAGAGAGAGAGCAACAGAGUGAACAAGCGAAUGAAAGAGAGAGUGAGUAAACGAGAGAAAGAGCAGCCUUGCACCACACUGGCAACAGAAAAACGUGCCGGAAUAACCUGAGCAGCAGGAUUAACACCGGGGCUGCAGGGGUUAAAAUCGUGUUGCCGUGGGGACACGCUGCCGUUUUCUCCAGUUCACCUGGGAAGCGCUUUAUUCUCCUCUAAACCAGGGAGCCAAAGAGAGAAACAAGAGAGAGAGAAAGAGGACAGUGGAAGCUAACACGGUUGAGAGGCUUCGUGCUGGCAUACACAAAGGACUGAGUGCUUUGAGCUUGGCCACUACCUCAGGACACUGCAGGGGCUGAGAAGAGCGAGAGAGGGGGAGAGAGAGAGAAAGAGAUACACAUCCCCGCUCUCGCUCAUCUGCUGCUACAGCGGAUCUGUUUUCCUCAUCGACGCUGCUGUAACAUCCUGUGCCCCGCUCGGCUCUCUUGCUUCACUCUCCUAUUCUGCCGCGCGGUGAAGAAAAAAAGAGAUUGAAAACAGGAGCGAGAAAGAGACAGAGGGAGAUGGCGCUUUAGCCUCUUUUUGCUGUGCUGAUAUUGCUGCUGAAUCUACUCUACGCCCCCCCCCCCCCCCCCCCCCCCCUACCUCUCUCAACCCUGCUACAAACCCCCACCCACCCUCGGAAGAAAUUGACGGAUUAUUGGGAAGUGCGCGGGAGGCAGGCUGCAGCUGCUGUGUGUGUGUGUGUGUGUGUGUGUGUGUGUGAGCGCCGCUGCUGGCGAGCUGUGUUUGCGUGCUGCUGUGCUGGAGCGCAGAGCUAGUUAAGAGGAGAAAUAAGCUAAUGACCGCAGUGUGUGUCGCGUAGCCUUUUCAACCCUGCCGAGCGCUACAGAAAUCAAGUGGACACGACGCGACACACAGAGAGAGAGAGAGAGAGAGGGUGGACUUACUGACCACCAAAAAAAUAGAAAGAGCCAAGAAAAGGAAAGGGGUCCUGUUUCCCCACCACCUCAAAGAAAAUUUGAAAGGACUGUGGAAUUUUUCUUCCUCCUUAACCCCCCCUCCCUACCCUGAGACCCCCACCCAUUUUCUGCCUUGGGUUUUCAGAGUGCGGAGUGUGUGUGUCGGUGAGCACGCGUUUGUGCUAUGGAGACUUGGAGAAGGCGUUCGGCGGAGGCAUCGAGAGGCGGUUUCCAAGGACAAGCGGGAGAAGAGCAGCCGAGGGCGAGCGAGCGUUAGGAGCCUGACUGGAUUCCUACCCAUCUAAAACACAAGCUUCGGAUGGGCCUUCACAUCUUUUCCUUCUUCGGAUGAUGUUCGCUUGUGUGGAAUUAUAAAAAGGGGCCAUUUUGGCAAAGAAUCUUCACUUCAUUUGCUUCUAACAGAGCAGAAAGAAAAGUCUUUAUUUCUCUGCUCCUUGGAUAUAUACCCGAUUUAAACACUCUGUGAUUGACAAAAAAAGAGAAAACAAUCUCAUAAGGACCUGUAAAAAAAACCUUGAGGUAGGUGUCUAGCGUUUCCAACCCUAUUUCAAUCAUCUCCAUCUCCUAUUCUAUUAUUUUUUCUCUUUCUCUGAAACAUUUAAGAGCAGUUGUCCUCCCCCCUCCAGUAGUGUCCAUGGAAAAGAGAGCCAGAGUUUUGCUUAAUCCGGGGUAGGGCCAGCCCUCUCCUGGUUACUCAAGAACCAACCCCCCCUCCCUCCCCUCUUUAUACCUCACCCCCCCCUCCCACUUUCGACCACCAACCCAUUCAACCAACCGAUCUCCCCCCAACCGCACCUCCGGCCCUCUCCCCCCCCCCGGACGAUGCUGAAUUAUGAGCGUGCCACAUCAUGAGUCUCCUGGGGCGGGUAGCUGUGCGUCGAGCCACCCUGCUCUGUGUUGUGUUCCUGAUGGCGCGAGCGUGGAGCAGCACCUCUCUGGCUAUGGCGGGGGCGGCAGCGCCAGGCCCUCAGGGCUGCCCACCGCAGUGCUCGUGUAGUAGCCAGCUGAGCAAGGUGGUGUGCACCCGGCGCGGCCUCACUCGCGUGCCCCCGGGCAUCCCCGCCAACACGCGCCACCUCAACCUGAUGGAGAAUGCAAUUGGAGAGGUGCAGGCCGACACCUUCCGACACCUGCACCACCUUGAGGUUCUGCAGCUGGGCCGCAACGCCAUCCGGCAGAUCGAGGUGGGCGCCUUCAAUGGCCUCACCAGCCUAAACACGCUGGAGCUAUUUGACAACCGGCUAACUGGGGUGCCCAGUGGUGCCUUUGAGUACCUGUCCAAGCUCAGGGAAUUAUGGCUGAGGAAUAACCCCAUCGAGAGCAUCCCUUCGUAUGCCUUCAACCGAGUGCCCUCGCUCAUGCGUUUGGACCUGGGCGAGCUACGCAAGCUGGAUUUCAUCUCCGAUGGCGCCUUUGAGGGCCUGCACAACCUCAAGUACCUCAACCUGGGCAUGUGCAACAUCCGGGGGGAGAUGCCCAAUCUGAGCCCCCUGCUGGGCCUGGAGGAACUGGAGAUCUCGGAGAACCUCUUCUCCGAAAUCAAGCCAGGCUCCUUCCGGGGCCUGCGCUCACUCAAGAAGCUGUGGGUGAUGAAUUCGCAGAUUGGGGUGAUCGAGCGCAACGCCUUUGACGACCUGAGCUCGCUGGUGGAGCUCAACCUAGCCCACAACAACCUGAGCGCCCUGCCGCACGACCUGUUCUCCCCCCUCAGGUACCUAGUGGAGCUGCACCUCCACCACAACCCCUGGAACUGUGGCUGUGAAGCCCUGUGGCUGGCACGCUGGCUGCGAGAGUACAUCCCUACCAAUUCCACCUGCUGUGGCCGAUGCCACGCGCCGGCCCACAUGCGGGGCCGCCAGCUGGUGGAGGUGGACCGGGGGGAGACCGGCGUGCUCCAGUGCUCUGCCCCCUUCAUAGGCGAUGCGCCAAGAGACUUAAACAUUUCGGCAGAGCGCGUAGCGGAGCUCCGUUGCCGGACUGCGCCAAUGUCCUCGGUUCGGUGGCUGCUGCCCAAUGGGACUGUCCUGACGCACGCCUCGGCCCACCAGCGGAUCGCCGUGCUCAACGAUGGCACACUCAACUUCUCCAACGUGCUGGCGGCUGACACAGGCACCUACACCUGCAUGGUGUCCAACGCGGCCGGCAACUCAAACGCCUCGGCCUACCUCAACGUGAGUGCGGCUGAACUCAACACGUCCAACCUCAGCUACUUCACCACGGUGACCGUGGAAGUGCCAGGACCCACGACGGAGAUGCCAAAGCCCAAGACCACAACGAGCGCUCCUAACACUGGUAGGGGGGCUGGAGGAGAAGCAGGGGGAGGUGCGGUGGGCGCUGGCACAACCACCACCGCCUCGCCCUCCCUCUUUCAGCCUGUCUUCAUCUCUACUCCCACCGUUCUGCUCCAGAACACCGAGGGCCAGCCAGGCGCCCGACCGUCCGCCGUUCCUGCCUCCAAGUCUGCCACGGUCAAGCCACCCGACACAGUCCCCAGCCUGGACGAGAUGAUGAAAACCACCAAGAUCAUCAUCGGCUGCUUCGUAGCCGUCACGCUGCUGGCCGCCGUCAUGCUCAUCGCCUUCUACAAGCUGAGGAAGCGCCACCAGCAGCGGAGCACGGUGGCAGCCACCCGUACGGUAGAAAUCAUCCAGGUGGACGAGGAGGACCUGCCGCCGCCUGCUUCUGCUGCCAACCAGAUCCGAGACCACAACAGCAUCCAAAAACUGGAUUAUAUCAGCCACAAAACAGACUAUGGCUUCCCCAAACCCAAAGCAGACUACAAGGGGGACUACACAAUCCACAUGCCCAAACCAGACUACAUUAUACACAAGCCCAAGGCUGAGUACACCACCUAUAAACCAACCGUGGACUACACUACCCACAAAUCUACAGUGGAAUAUAGCACCCACAAAUCUACACCAGAUUUUAGCCUUCAUAGACCAAAGGCUGACUAUAGCCCAUUCAGACCUGAAUAUAGCACUCACAAGCAGCCUAAAGCGGACUAUAGCCCCUUCAAACCUGACUACAGUACUCACCCGAGAACACCUAAAGCAGAUUAUAGCCCAUUCAAACCGGAUUAUAGCAGUAGUACUCACCCAAGAACACCUAAAGCAGAUUAUAGCCCAUUCAAACCGGAUUAUAGCAGUAGUACUCACCCGAGAACACCUAAAGCAGAUUAUAGCCCCUUCAAACCGGAUUAUGGCACUCAUCCAAAACCCAAACCGGACCAUAGCCCAUUCAAACCUGACUACAGCACUCACCCACGACCUAAACCAGACUACAGUCCUUACAAACCCGACUACAGCACUCAGUCCAAAUCCAAACCGGAGUACAGUACACACAAAUCCAAACCCGACAACAGUCAAUACAAAGCCAAAUCAGAACACACCCCCAAGGGCACGCCGGACUACAUCGUCUUCAAAUCAGACUACAACAGCCCCCACAAACAGGAUUAUGGCAACCUGAAACCCAAAAUGGAUUCCAGUCCCCACAAAGCAGACCAUCACAAGGUGGACUACCGCACCCUCAAGCCCAAAUACAACACGUACAAGCCAGCAGGACAUGGGGCUAAAUGGACAGAGAACAACAUUGGGAACUCUCUCCCUCGAACCUUGCCCAGCGCCAUCACAAACCUCCCUGAGCCCUUUGUCAUAAAAACUCACACCAAGGAGAAGGUUCAGGAGACUCAGAUUUAAAGCCCCCCCCCCCCCCCAGGCAAGUCCCAAUCCCCAUAGCCACCCCUCUCUUCUCACAACUACAUGCAAUAGAAUGCACAACGGGGGAAAAGACAGGAACUUUCUUUUCUUGUACAGAGUGCAAAACUUAAAAAGACUGAACAUUUCUUGUUGUACAUGCUUAUAAAUACAUCUAUAUAUGAAACUAUUGAAAGUACCAUGGACUGGUGAUAGAGAAGCAUAUUAUAUUAAUUAAAAAUAAAUACAUUGAAACUAUUUUCUAACUUGUAACUUCUAUUUAAAAAGACGAGUUGUUUAACAUACUAUCUUGACUUUGAGAAAUGAGGGUAGACUUGUUAAAAUAAAAAGAGUCUGUGUGAUUUUUAAAAAACAAUGCUACAGAGAAUGCAGUGAAAAGAGAAAAAAACAUUUAUACUGAGAAGACUUUCUUUAAGAAAACAAAAAGGUCCGUGUUUGAUCUUUACAGGUUUAUCUUGUAAAAGCACCAUGAAUUUGUAUUGUGCCAAAUGUUACAAAUGCAAUAAAAAUGAUUUUUGGAGAGAGAAAAAGAAAAACAGAGAGAGAUGACGUUUUGUUCUCCUGGCGUACUGUAGCGAACAGCCAAACGCUUCAGACACUGCAGUAAGACUCUGCAGCUAUACUUUAACCCUGCGUGUGCUGGGUGACUCACACAGAAUCAAUCACAGCACAGAAGUGCCUGCUGCUGUUUUUAAUAACACUUGAUAUGCCUGUGUGUCGAGGCAGGUGGGGGGAAGCUAUGUUUAGUACGCAUAACAUUAGUCAAUGACAUGGUACUUAAUCAAGGUGUGGCCCAUUUCAAAGCGGGUACUAGAUUUGUCCGGUUUUCAUUAAGUUCUCCAAAUGCAUGGAACCCACGAGAAAAGCUUUUAAAGGGCCUCUAUUUACACAGGGGUAUUUGAAGUGCUCCCCAGUGAUAUGUAUGAGACUACACUGCUGUCAUGUCAAUGAAUGAUUGCAUGUGUGUAAAGAUAUGAAGAUGUAGGGUGUGAUAUGGUGUGCUAAUUUGAGGGGGUUGUUUUCUAUGUGCUUGACUUCGAGUGGUCAGAGAGGUGUUUUUCACGACCAGACUUGUGGAUGUACGAGACAGACCCUGGUGAUGUCAGCACACACACUUUCCUCUUGGCCCCCAAAACAUCUCCUCAUUUCUCUUUUCAUUGCAUUCCCCAGCUGUUGUGGCUUCAUCAGUCAGCGACGGUUUUAUGAGGACAAAUGCUGUGGGUCUCGCAGUUAACUGUGCAUUCUUCAUCUUCAACAAUCUCCCUCUCUAUCUUAACAUAGCCGUAACCUAGCUCCCCCUAGCCCUAACCUGGA